UCCAAUGAAGGAAAAGUUUACUUAUUCCUUCUCCGCACAGUCCCGCAGCUGAGGGCAUUGAUGUGAGCGCAGAGGCUUCUCGGUUUUUACGCGCACUUCUUUUCCCCCCGUCUCUCACCCGCACGCACGGAGCACACGUCCACCUUGUCACCUUUCUAGUUUAGCGCGCGCGUCUGCAUUUCUUUUCCUCCUUUCUCCUCCUUUUUUAUGAAUGAUUCUCUCUCGUAAAACCUGUACCAGCCUUUCCUCGGAUACCGCACGUCCUCCUCACAUCGACACAUCUCUCCUCAAGUUCAAACGCCACCAGGACUUUCACUGCAGCUUCAGACGCACUUUGGGGAAAUAUCACUCGACCAGGAAAAACCUGAUCCUUUGCGCAGCAGCGGCAGCCGAAGCGACGGUCGACAUGAGUCUGAAAGCUGACGCAGAGCCGAACAACAACGUUUCCAUCGAGGAGGAGGUACGAACCCUGUUUGUCAGUGGUCUUCCAGUUGACAUCAAACCUCGGGAACUUUACCUCCUAUUCAGACCUUUUAAGGGUUAUGAAGGUUCACUGAUUAAAUUAACGUCAAAACAGCCUGUCGGGUUUGUAACCUUUGACAGUCGCUCUGGAGCUGAAGCUGCAAAAAAUGCACUGAAUGGUAUCCGUUUUGACCCCGAAAGCCCCCAGACCCUGCGCUUAGAGUUUGCUAAAGCCAACACCAAGAUGGCAAAGAGUAAGCUGAUGGCCACACCGAAUCCCACAAAUAUCCACCCCGCUCUAGGACCACACUUCAUUGCACGGGACCCAUAUGAUCUGACGGGGGCAGCACUGAUUCCAGCAUCCCCGGAUGCCUGGACCCCUUACCCUCUGUACACCACAGAGCUGACCCCAGGCCUUCCCCACGCAGCCUUCACCUACCCAGCUGCUGCUGCCGCUGCCGCAGCCCUCCAUGCCCAGAUGCGCUGGUACCCUUCUCCCUCUGAGACUUCCCAGCCUGGAUGGAAAUCCCGGCAGUUUUGUUAGAUAUUUAGCUUCUGGAAACCAUACCUUUGUCCAGCUGAAGUGAGGUUUGCCAAGCUCGUCAUUAAUUUAAUCAGGUUUAUUUAAUGAACAGUUGUUAUAAACAGUAUUUAUAUCUUUCCCCAAAUGACUUGGGGUGGGGGGGGUGGGGGAUGAGAAUUACAACAAUCUUGCUGUCGACAAUCUGAACUUCUCUUUGGCAACUAUUGUGGUACAUGUUAGCACUUCAAAACAACCUCAUGCAAAAUCAGCUCAGAUGCCAUGGACCAUAACUGAGGAAUAUUGACGUCAUAGUAAAGCUAGUUCCUCCAUGGGUUUCUCUUCUCCUGGGAGGUGUAGAAGUGUUAAGUCAUUGCAUGUUAGUCUUUCUUGGCAUGAAUUUAGAGCGCAGGUUUCUGUGUAUCCUUUUUGUUUUUUCUUUUUCUUAGUGUUUGUGUUGCCUUUUGGCCUAGACAGCAAAUUCCUUUAUAUAUAUUUUUUUGUAGUACCUUGGUCUUGCCUCUGUGAAAGCUAGGCUGUUGUGUAAAUGGCUUACCUCGCAUGGACCUUGUAAAUGCAUCCCUAUGUUCAGACAAUCCCCAGGCUCAUGAUCGUAUCAAUGUCUUAUUUUGAGCGAAGGAAAGCAAGGUUUUUUUUCCCCGUAGCAUAAUGUAUAUUUAUGCAUUUUUGUGCAACUAAAUAAUGAACCUCUAAUAAGUUGGAUGUUUAGACGUCUCUUGUGUUUCGGUGUUAAUUUUUGAUCCUGUAAUCCUGUUGAAGUAGUUUUAAAGAAAAGUGCAAUUUGUUUAAAGGGGAAGUGGAUACCUGGGGGAGGGGGGUGUAAGUAUUCUUGAUUGUGGCUUGGGCCAUUCUGCUAAAAUGAGAUUGCUGUAUAACGAUCUUUCAGAAUGUGACACUGGACUACAAACGUAAAGGUUGGUUUUUUUGGGGGACCAUUUUGAAAACUAAAGCAGGAUUCGACUGAUGGAGGAAUUUAGUUUGUGGUUUAGAACAUGUUCGUCUUUGUAUCUGCUGUGCAUAAGAUGUUAAAAAUAAUCCCAUCUUAUGAAUAAAAGAAAUGAAUGCAUCA